AUGGAAAAAAUGAACGACGUUUUGUGCUCCAACAAAAAUGUUUUACGCUUUGAUAUUGAUAGCGACGAAGUUAUUAAAGUAAACACCGAGACUCGUGACUUGAUAUGUAUUGGAAACACUUCAAAACACAGUUUGAAGGUUCAAUUUAGUGUGAUUGAAGGGUGUGAUUGUUACCAAAUACGUACAUUACCUUCUAUAGUCACACUAAAGCAAGGCAAAGCCUGUGAAUUUGAGUUAUUUAUAAAGCCAUUAUGUUCAUGUCAAAUAAAAGAAAAUAUUAUGGCGAUUGCUCUUGACAUUGUGACAGGAACUGUUUUGAGUAACAAAUUACAAAUAGAAGUCAACACAGAACAAUCAACCAAAUUAAAUUACAGAGAACUCGAAGAAACGAAGCAAAUUGGCGAAGGUUCAUUUGGUGUUGUGUACAAAGGAAAUUACAGAGGAAAUGUUGUUGCUAUUAAAAAGAUGAAACAAAGUGAUAAUAAAGAAGAAACCAUUUCUGAAUUUAAAAAUGAAGUCGACAUGUUAGACAAAUUCCGAAGUGAGUAUAUCGUACAUUUCUUUGGAGCCGUUUUAAUACCAAACAAGAUAUGUAUGGUCACAGAAUUUGCGCAAUAUGGAAAUAUCAAACCAGACAAUAUUCUUGUUAUUUCACUUGAUAUGAAUGACAAAGUCAAUGCGAAAUUGACUGAUUUUGGAAGUGCUAGAAAUAUCAACAUGUUGAUGACUAACAUGUCAUUCACAAAAGGAAUUGGAACACCAGUGGACAUGGCACCUGAAAUAGUUAAGAAGGAAAAGUACAAGAAAUCUGCUGAUGUGUUCUCACUUGGUAUUACUAUGUUUGAGUGUUUUGGGUGGUGUCAGGCAUAUCCAAAAACACAAUUCAAAUAUCCAUGGGUUAUUGCAAAGUUUGUGAUUGAAGGAAAACGUCUUGAUAAAAAGGAGAAUAUGAGUGAUAAAUCUUUUGAGAUUAUCCAAAGAUGUUGGGAACAUGAACAAUCAAAAAGACUGAAUAUUAAAGAUUUAAUUUCAAGUCUAUCAAAUUUAACUUUAAAGGUCUGA